AUGGGAGGAACCGACAGAGCUGGUGGCAAGGCUAAGCCUUUGAAGCAGCCAAAGAAAGCCCCAAAGGCAGAGUUGGACGACGAGGAUAAGGCAUUCCAAGAGAAGCAAAAAGCUGAUGCGAAGGCCAAGGCUGAGUUGGCAGCAAAGACCAAGGGAAGCAAAGGACCUCUCAAUACCGGCUCCCAGGGCAUUAAGAAGAGCGGCAAGAAGUGA